CCGCUGGCUGGGCUCCUUCAGCCCUCACCUGGUCUCGGGAGCGACCUCAGGUCCUGGUGCAGUGAGGAGUGGGUCGCCCCAGGACAGGGUUGCCUGGUGGCCUCCGACAGCCGUCGGGAUGGAGGUGAGACGGUAGCCGUGACACCCGCCCUCGCGCACCCCUGCACCACAGCGGCCUGCAGAGCUCCCCGCCCCCCGCCCCCGCGGCAGCGGGCCUUGCCGUCGAGUGACAGCGGCCUGGGGGGCAGGGGGGGCGGGGGCGGCCAGACCAGCGAUGCCGGCGGGCAUGACGAAGCAUGGCUCGCGCUCCACCAGCUCGCUGCCGCCCGAGCCCAUGGAGAUCGUGCGCAGCAAGGCGUGCUCGCGCCGGGUGCGCCUCAACGUCGGGGGCCUGGCGCACGAGGUGCUGUGGCGCACUCUGGACCGCCUGCCCCGCACGCGGCUGGGCAAGCUUCGGGACUGCAACACGCACGACUCCCUGCUCCAGGUGUGCGACGACUACAGCCUCGAGGACAACGAGUACUUCUUCGACCGCCACCCUGGCGCCUUUACCUCCAUUCUCAAUUUCUACCGCACCGGCCGGCUGCACAUGAUGGAGGAGAUGUGCGCGCUGAGCUUCAGCCAGGAGCUGGACUACUGGGGCAUCGAUGAGAUCUACCUGGAGUCCUGCUGCCAGGCCCGCUACCACCAAAAGAAGGAGCAGAUGAACGAGGAGCUGAAGCGCGAGGCCGAGACGCUGCGGGAGCGGGAGGGCGAGGAGUUCGACAACACGUGCUGUGCAGAGAAGAGGAAGAAACUCUGGGACCUGCUGGAGAAGCCCAACUCGUCGGUGGCCGCCAAGAUCCUGGCCAUCAUCUCGAUCAUGUUCAUCGUCCUGUCCACCAUUGCUCUGUCACUCAACACGCUGCCUGAGCUGCAGAGCCUAGACGAGUUCGGCCAGAGCACGGAUAACCCGCAGCUGGCGCACGUGGAGGCGGUGUGCAUCGCGUGGUUCACCAUGGAGUACUUGCUGAGGUUCCUGUCCUCCCCCAAGAAAUGGAAGUUCUUCAAGGGCCCCCUCAACGCCAUUGACCUACUGGCCAUCCUGCCCUACUACGUCACCAUCUUCCUCACAGAAUCCAACAAGAGCGUGCUGCAGUUCCAGAACGUGCGCCGCGUGGUCCAGAUCUUCCGCAUCAUGCGCAUCCUUCGGAUCCUGAAGCUGGCCCGCCACUCCACCGGCCUGCAGUCCUUGGGCUUCACCCUGCGCAGAAGCUACAACGAGCUGGGCCUGCUCAUCCUCUUCCUCGCGAUGGGCAUCAUGAUCUUCUCCAGCCUGGUCUUCUUCGCAGAGAAGGAUGAGGACGACACCAAGUUCAAAAGCAUCCCCGCCUCUUUCUGGUGGGCUACCAUCACCAUGACAACCGUUGGCUAUGGAGACAUCUACCCGAAGACUCUCCUGGGGAAAAUCGUCGGGGGGCUCUGCUGCAUUGCCGGGGUCCUGGUGAUCGCCCUCCCCAUCCCCAUCAUCGUCAAUAACUUCUCCGAGUUCUACAAGGAGCAGAAGCGCCAGGAGAAAGCCAUCAAGCGGAGGGAGGCUCUGGAGAGAGCCAAGAGGAAUGGCAGCAUCGUGUCCAUGAACAUGAAGGACGCCUUCGCCCGGAGCAUCGAGAUGAUGGACAUCGUAGUGGAGAAAAAUGGCGAGAGCAUGGCUAAGAAGGAUAAAGUGCAAGAUAACCACCUGUCCCCCAACAAGUGGAAAUGGACCAAGAGGGCACUCUCUGAGACCAGCUCCAGUAAGUCCUUUGAAACCAAGGAGCAGGGAUCCCCCGAAAAGGCCAGGUCCUCGUCUAGUCCACAGCACUUGAACGUCCAGCAGCUGGAAGACAUGUACAGUAAGAUGGCCAAGACGCAGUCCCAGCCCAUCCUCAACACCAAGGAGAUGGCCCCGCAGAGCAAGCCUCCGGAGGAGCUGGAGAUGAGCAGCAUGCCCAGCCCCGUGGCCCCUCUGCCCGCCCGCACGGAGGGCGUCAUCGACAUGCGGAGCAUGUCCAGCAUUGACAGCUUCAUCAGCUGUGCCACGGACUUCCCUGAAGCCACCAGAUUCUCCCACAGUCCUCUGGCAUCCCUCUCCAGCAAGGCUGGGAGCAGUGCAGCCCCGGAGGUGGGCUGGCGGGGGGCUCUCGGUGCCAGCGGUGGGAGGCUCACGGACACCAACCCCAUUCCUGAGGCCAGCCGCUCUGGUUUCUUCGUGGAGAGCCCCAGGAGUUCCAUGAAGACCAACAACCCCUUGAAGCUGCGAGCGCUCAAGGUCAACUUCGUGGAGGGCGACCCCACCCCGCUGCUGCCCUCCCUGGGCUUGUAUCACGAUCCUCUUAGGAACAGAGGAGGGGCAGCGGCUGCAGUUGCGGGACUGGAGUGUGCCUCCCUCUUAGACAAGCCCGUGCUGAGCCCGGAGUCCUCCAUCUACACCACAGCAAGUGCCAGGACGCCCCCUCGCUCCCCUGAGAAACACACAGCAAUAGCAUUCAACUUCGAGGCCGGAGUCCACCAUUACAUAGACACCGACACAGAUGACGAGGGUCAGCUGCUCUACAGCGUGGACUCCAGCCCUCCCAAAAGUCUCCACGGGAGUACCAGCCCCAAGUUCAGCACUGGAGCGAGAACGGAGAAGAACCACUUCGAGAGCUCCCCCUUGCCCACCUCCCCUAAGUUCUUAAGGCCGAACUGUGUCUACUCCUCAGAAGGGUUGACUGGAAAAGGCCCUGGGGCUCAAGAGAAAUGCAAGCUGGAGAACCAUACCCCCCCGGACGUGCACAUGCUGCCUGGGGGAGGAGCACACGGGAGCACUAGGGAUCAGAGUAUCUGAGCUCCCUACCACAGAGGGCAUCUGCAGGAGAAAUCGAGGAGGAGGGAUGCUUGGCUUGCCUGCCGCUGAGUUCUGCAUGAACUCCAAGGCCCCCACCACCACAGAGCCCCAGCAAGAGGAGAGACCCCGAGAGCCAUGACCAAUCUGUGGACACUAACUAGCCACGGGGACCACACCUAACAGCAUCUUCCUGAGAUGGCCGGAGCAGAGCUGACAGCCACCACUAAGACCUAGCCUAGGACACACACUCCCUAGUCUCGUCUGGAGGCUCUCUCAGCCUCUGGAUAUGCCAUCACCAUCUCUCAAGGCUUCAGCUGAGGUGGGUGUUGGAGCGAGGGGUUGCUAGUGAAAGAGUGGGCUGACCAAGAAGUACUGGGUGUCGGCCUCCUGUUAGGAGGGUGCAGAGGACCCUUGAUCAUGAGGGAUUCUCUGCUCCAUCAGCCACAUUCCUAGGGCAUUGUGAUGCUUAAAUAAGCAAGGGGCUCAAACGAUUCAGUAUUCUGUGGUCCCUGGGGCUUUAUUCGGAGACUCUGUCGGGGUGAGCUGACAAUUUAGACUCAAUUCUUUCUGCCCACCUGGCCAUCCAGGAAGUGUUCCGACGGUUGGCACGCAGCCAGGGCUGGCACAGGAACGUGGGUUCCAAACAACGCUCGUAUGGACUGAAAAGAUACGCAGGCGUCAAAUAUGCAAAUGAGAUAGAUUAUUUAAAGAGACUGUGUGUGACUGAAAAGCAACAUUAAAAAUAAUAAAUUUCAUUUUCUACAUGAAAAAAAAAAAAAAAAGAAAAGGAAAAAAAAAUCCUUCACUGAACUGCCCUGUGCAGAGUUGUGAGUACUUUCUGCUGUAGUGGGGAACACACCUACUCUGAGAGGAAGUUCUUUUUUUUUGUUUGUUCGUUUGUUUGAUUUUCAAUUUUCUUUUGUUGUUUUUUGGGGGGGGGUUGUUUUGUUUUGUUUUUUGUUUCCUGUGGUAUUCAAGCUAAAAAAUACUAAUAAGUUAAUAAAAAAAGCACUUUAUGUUUUUCUAAUCUAGGUUCUACCAGGGACAGUGUCAAGAUCUCGCACUUUAAAACAAGCACUAUUUCCCGUGGGCCGCAUGCUGGCACUUGGGGUAUUACUUGUGCCCAUUUCUGGCCACAGUGGGUCUGCCAUUACCACACCAGAGUCCGGGGCUUUUCCGUGACCUCCUCAUCCCUCAUGGGACGGGAGAGGUCCUCAGCUCUCGGUGCAGGGCUCUCUUAAAGUCCUGCGUACAAGAGACACACACGUCUCAAAUGGGCGCAGAAAGAGUUAGGUGUCGGGUGUCAUACCGCUCUUUCUUGUCAACCGGCCAUUGUGUGUUCUAUGUUACUGUCUGUCCCGAAAGCCCGACGCUCCUUCCUACAGCCAUCUAGGCAGACGGCACAGCCAAAAGCAAUAAGCACUCACGUGUAUCCCUCGAGGUUCCCGUGUACUUCCUGGUGUCAGUCUUCCUGUCCAAGCGUUGACCUGGCGUUGUCCCGCCUGCCUGUGACCCAGUGGCACAGUAUUGUUGGCCCCUCGCUCAGUGACACCAGUCUGCGCGAUGCUCUAGUUAUGGCGAUGUCGUUGGUCAGCCUGUCUGUGGUACAACAGGGCACUGUGGUUUUCUUACGAUGGUGUGAGUGGGUAAUGUCCCGAAUGCUGUAGUGUCCUCCUCCUCCCUGUCCUCAGAACAGUGAUGGGCGAUGGCAGUAAUGUCACCUGACCUCAGUAUCAUGUGUGGCUGGUCGGCCCGGUAGUUCGAUGGCAUGAUCCACCCGUCAGCACACGCACAUCACGAUGUUCUGCCUUCUUCUCUUGUUUCCACGGCUGAGGCCAGGCCACCUGUUACAGAUGCUCAAGGCUCAGACCACCACCCUUAAACAGCGCGUUUUCUACAGUUCAUGACAUUUCUCAGCAUCUCCAAAGACCUGGGUCCCCCUCCCUCCAGUGAGCACAGCUUGGGACUUGGCUGUGUUAAUGAAGAAGAUGAGACGUUGGCUCUGCCUCAUUAUCCGUCCUCAGAGCUUUCUCAGAGCAGAAGCAAAGGGGCUGAGACCGUGCCUGGUCACCUGUACCAGCAGCAUCCUGGAGGCAGGAAGCAGGGCGUGGGCCUCCACGGCCCCUUGCUGAGCUCAGCCUGGUGCUGGGGGCCUGUUGCCGUGACCGUGACCUGACCGUGACCGUGACCGUGGGACCUUUCCGCUGACCAUCUCCCAUGUCUGUCUUUUGUGUUGCCCAUCAAUCACCCAUCAGCACAAAUGUGAAAAUUCAGGGAAACAAACAAAUGCUUUUUUGAUAAAAAA